AUGCUGCUCCCAUGCAGCCAGCCUGCCCGACACACCCCGCAGCCACGAUGCCGCUUCCAGAGCACAAGGUGCAAUCACUUUGUCGGCAGCAAACGCGUCGAUGCGCAAACCGCUCCUCCUCCGCCGCCACCCUUGGUUCCCGGCGCGAAACCGUUUCGGCUCGCCGUCAAGGACAACAUCGCCACGGCCGAGUUCCCGACGCAGUGCGGCUCGCGGAUCCUCGCGUCGCACCAGUCGCCGUACGAGGCCACCAUCGUCACGCAGCUGCGCGCCCGCGGCGCCACCGUCGUGGGCAAGACAAACAUGGACGAGUUUGGCAUGGGCUCGCACUCGACAAACUCGAUGCACGGCCCGGUGGUCAGCCACCUGUCCACGGACCGGGAACCCCUCUCGGCGGGCGGCAGCUCCGGGGGCAGCGCCGUCGCCGUCAUGCUCGGGGACGCCGAUCUCGCUCUGGGCACGGACACGGGUGGCUCGGUCCGGCUGCCCGCGGCGUACACGGGCGCUGUCGGGUACCGGCCGAGCUACGGGAUGCUCUCGCGCCACGGCGUCUUCGCCUACGCCAACUCGCUCGACACGGUGGGCAUGCUGGCGCAGGAGGUGCGGCCGAUCCUAGACCUCGUGGCCGGCACCAGGCUGGACGAGGAGCACGAUCCCAAGGACCCGACGUCCCUGUCCGCGGCGACGCGGCAGCGGUGCGCCAGGGCGUGCCCCCCCGAGCUGGCCGAGGAUAUGUCCCGGCUGACGGUCGGCGUCCCAGUCGAGUACAACAUCGCGGAGCUCGACCCGCUGAUACGCCGGGGCUGGCUCGCCGCAGCGGCAGCCUUGGCCGACGCCGGGGCCAGCGUCGUGCCGGUGGCCCUGCCGUCGACCAAGGAGGCCCUCUGCGCCUACUACGUGCUGGCCGCCGCCGAGGCCUCGUCCAACCUGGCCAAGUACGACGGCGUGCGCUACGGCGCCAGGGGCCACGAGCGCGGCGACGCCGAGGGCCACACGCUGUACGCGGAAGCCCGCGGCGCCGGCUUCGGCCCCGAGGUCAAGCGGCGCAUCCUGCUCGGCACCUACAGCCUCAGCUCGGACGCCAUGGACAACUACUUCAUCCAGGCCCAAAAGGUGCGCCGCCUGAUCCGGCGCGACUUCGACAAGGUCUUUCGCCUCGACAACCCGCUGCGCGAGCCUGCGCAGUUUGACCUGUGCGACAUGGGCGGCGGCGCGGACCUGCGGGACAAGCGGGGGCCCUGGCAGGUGGACUUUCUGCUGGCGCCCACCGCGCCGUCGUUUGCGCCCAGGCUGAGGGACGUGCAGUCCGGCAGCAGCCUGGACGCCUACGCGGGCGACGUCUUCACCGUCCCGGCGAGCCUGGCGGGGCUGCCGUCGGUGAGCGUGCCGGCGAGGGUGGCGGGGAGCCCGCUGCCGCUGGGGCUGCAGCUGAUGGGGCAGUUUUGGGAUGACCGGCGCCUGUUGCGCAUGGCAGAGCGAGUCAAGGCCAUGAUGGGGCAGGAGACGGCGGCGUGA